AAACAAAUUUAUUCAAUUAUUAACUAAUCGUAUUAACGACAAAGAAAAUGUUGGGAAACAAAUUUUUAAUACAAUUUAUUCUCGUUAUUUGGUGUGGUUUUAUCAAUACACAAGAUUUAGAACAACCAACACUUCAUGCUAAUCCAGUGAUAGUAAGCGACACAGUAUUUGCAAAACUUGGAACUUAUAGAGGAUUCACUGACGAUGGUACAGAAUAUCAAAAGACAUACUUUUUCACUAGACAUUUUAAAGGGGAUUGGACCAACUCAAGGUACUUUUGCAAAUCAUAUGAUUUGGAACUUGUAACAAUGGAAACUCUGGAAGAAGCUCGUGCAGUUCUUACAAUGGCUGACAACAAUAGCAUCUUAAGGUCCUAUACUAGUGUCUGGCUUAACAUUGAUGCCGUUACUUUGACAAUAAAAAGUCUAACAGAAUGGUUUUGGACAAAGUCAGGAAAGAAAAUAUCAUAUCCAAUACCUUGGCGACCUGAUGCACCAAACAAUCAUGUUGGAAAUGAAAAUUGUUUGACUUUUGGAAGAUAUUUGACAUCAGGAAAAUUUGGAUUUGAUGACGCUAGAUGCGAGAAUGGUGGCAAUCCAAUACCAUGUCAAAGAAUUGAUUUGUUAAUACCAAAAUAAAUAGAAACUAAAAGUUUUGAUUAAAAAAUUUUAUUAAUUGAUUCAUUUUAAAUUGUUUUCAAAACAAAAUAUCACAUUGAUCCAUUUAAUGCCAUUUUUUAUACAGUUACUUAUCUUAAAAUUAG